CGUGACCGUGCUCCGAUAUCACGUGCCCCAGCCUCUUCCCUCUGUAAGACACCGCCACGUCAACCCCUCCGAAAUCGAGGGAGUACACGCCGGCGUUGUGCACUCUCACGGUGAGGAGCAUGGAGAUGUCUACGGUGAUAUGCGGCAAGGGAUGCACCUUGAUCCGCUUCAGCUUCAGCCCUACGAUCUUCAGUGCCGGAUCCGACGGCCACAACACGUAGGUGGUGGUCAGGAAGAGAAGGAAACCCACCGUGCAUGUCACGUGCCACCGCCGGAGAUAAGCCACGGGGUUUUGAUUAUGAUCGUGACGUGGCUUUCGGAGCAGGUACUUCUUGGAGAUAUGGGAGCUGGAAAGACCAGUUUAGCACUAAGAUUUGUAAAAGGCCAAUUCUUUCUUAACCAGGAACCAACCAUUGGAGCUGCAUUCUUCACUCAAAUAUUGUCAUUAUCCGAAGCAACAGUGAAGUUCGACAUAUGGGAUACAGCAGGACAGGAACGGUAUCAUAGUCUGGCUCCUAUGUACUACCGUGGUGCAGCAGCUGCAAUUGUUGUUUAUGAUAUCUCAAACAUUGAUUCAUUUGUUCGAGCCAAAAAAUGGGUUCAGGAGUUGCAGAGACAUGGAAGUCAGAAGUUGGUGAUGGCAUUAGUGGCAAACAAAUCUGACUUGGAGCCGAAGAGAAAGGUUGAAACUGAGGAAGGAGAGCAAUAUGCUCAAGAGAAUGGAAUGUUCUACAUGGAAACAUCUGCUAAGACUGCAGAGAACAUCAAUGAGCUUUUCUAUGAAAUAGCUAAGAGACUAGCAAGAGCUUUUCCACCGAAGCCUACAGGAAUGAAGUUGAACAGCGGAGUACAAGAACGGGGGAGAAAGUUCUUUUGUUGCUCAACAUGAUAUCCCACUAUGCAUUGGAAUCAAGAAACAGA